AUGGGUUCCUCUACACCAGUUGCUAAUGCUGACAGCACCACUGUGUUCAAACAUUUAAUCCAAUUCAACCCAUCAUCUCAGUUGCCCAUUAAAUUGUCUGGCAGUCAUAAUUUCACUACAUGGAAGGCCCAAAUUGCCAUGCUACUCCAUGGUCAUCUUGAUGGUUCUACGCCAUCUCCUCCGAAAACAGUCACCACCAACAGCCGUGAGACGCCCAACCCGAAGUAUAAGGAUUGGUUUCGUCAAGAUAAACUGAUCCAAAAUGCUCUAAUGGCGUCUGUUGAUGCCACCAUUGCAUCCACUGUCGCUUCUGCAGCCAACUCUAUAGCUGUCUGGGAUCAACUCCAACUUCGUUCUCCUGUCGCUAAUGAAGAACUUGUGGUAAAAAUACUGAGCGGACUCGGCCCAGAGUUUCGUGAGAUCUCCGCAGUCAUACGGGCACGCGACUCUCCAAUCAGCUAUGAGGAACUUUUUGAUAAGCUCCUUGAUCAUGAGCUAUUUCUCAAACAUGAGGACCUUAAGAAAACUACCACACAAGUCACAUCAGUUGUUGCUCAACGCGUCACGAAUUCUUCACCAGCUCCACGCAACAAUCGACGCCCACCCAACAAUAACAACAAUUGGUGUGCCCCACAUAGACAGUCCAAUCAAAACGCCAAUCCCCACUGGCGCAAUUUUCCUAACCAAUCUCUUCAACCUCCACGUGUUCGGUGUCAACUAUGCGACCGCCUUGGCCAAAUAGCAAAUGUGUGCCGCUCACAUUCCCAUAACCACUUUGAAGCAAAGGCAAAUUUUGUUGCACAAACACCACCAACUGACCCCUGGAUUAUCGACUCAGGUGCCUCUCAUCACAUUACUUCUGACACUACUUCCCUUCACAAUGUUCAAGACUUCAAAAGGGAUUGGGGAAGUAACAAUGGGUAA